ACCUUCACCUUCGCUGUCCAUCUCGCCACAGAAUGUAUCUCACCGGUAUACACAUCCCAGGCGAACGCCUUGCGUUGGGUGCUGAAGGCCUUGUUACCUCUUCGAUCUUCAUAUAUACUGCAGCUGCCUUUCAUGUAGGGCGCAAUUCGAUGAAAGUCGCUGCAGAAAAAGGGGGCCAGAUAAAGUCGAUGCCGACGAGUCUUGUGGGGAAGAUUGUUUCGCCCAUUCACGCUGCGGGGAUGAUGCUUCCGGUUAUAACAUAUCUGGUCGCAGUUCCGCUGAACGGAUGCGCUCAGCCUGGCUUUAUUUCUCGGUUUGCCUUGCCAAAUUUCCGGCUCAGUGAGGAUGUCGUAAAUCUACUGAGGGUAGCUUCGACUGUAGGCUUGAUUGGGACUUGGAAGUUGCUCAUGCAAACUGUGAGCCUUCUAGGGAAAAGCGGCACUUUUCAUCAUAUUGGAGUGAGGGAGAGGCCGAAGCUCGUUACUUCAGGACCAUUCGCAGUCGUUAGACAUCCCCUGUACACCUGUGCGUUGCUGCAAAACCUGGUACUUGCAGGAUUGAUUUGGAAUUAUAUACCACUCUAUGCCCUUGCUAUUUGCGGUGUCGCAUUUGCAGUAAAGGUGCCAAUAGAGGAGAACCUUAUGGAGUCAGACGCCGAAAUCGGACCACAAUACAAAGCAUACAAGGAGAAGGUUCCCUACAGACUUAUUCCCGGAGUUUGGUAAUUGCUAGGCUAGGAUUUCGAACAAGUUUGUACAUCUCACAGCACAGGCACUGAUAGUUACUUAAAACUAUUUUCGGCCUACAUAUAAUAUUGACCAUGACGUCAUUCAAUGACUAAGUAAAUGCUUCUAUUCAGAAAAAGUCAAUAUACUCCCCUUAUC